AUGCAGUUCUCCUCCAUCCUUACCGUGGCCAUUGCUGCCCUCCUCACCGCUCCCUCUCUGGCCUGCAAAUGCUACGUGAACGGCAACCGCGACGACGGCCGUACCCAUUCCUGCUGUGACCAGCUCCACGGCACCUUCCGCUUUGGCAACGAUUGCCAGGCGGGAUCCAUCUCGGAGCAUCUCUCCAACUUUCGCAGAUGCUGCGGCGGAUCGUCCGACUGCGACUAUCCCGGUCUUGCAUUGGAGGAGACCGAAGUAGAUUAUAUCAAGACCAUCGUGGCUCUUCCUACCGCUGCGGCGUCCAUCUAGACUCACUCUGAGAUGGCUGUCGGGCUCUGUUGUGACAUGAACGGUGAUUGAUUCUUGGACCUCAGAACAAAUGGUGUGCUCCGAAUUUCUCGAGAUUAUUUGUUGGCUUGCAAGGG